AUGUCUCUGGCGACAGACUCCGAGUUCUACAUGGGUCUAACAUGUAAGGACGAUGCCGAAGGUGUUGCAAUGCAGGGUAUGGGACUGAUCGCAUAUCUCUUGCUUCAUUCGAAAAGAGAAAAAGGCGACAUGGACGACAACAACCUCACAUAUAGCCUGUCGCAAACCGCCCCGAAUAGCACCGUGGACAAGACUGCAAGGUCGCAUGCAGACCGGACUGAGGAAGACACUGCUGUAGGCUUUCCAGACGGCGGAUGGCGAGCAUGGAGCGUGGUGCUGGGGUCGUGGUGUGCAAUGGUUCCCUCGUUCGGUCUUUUGAAUACAAUGGGUGUCCUGGAAGCUUGGUUGGCAAAUGACCAGCUGAAAGAAUAUUCCAAAGCCUCUAUCGGUUGGAUAUUUGGCCUGUAUUCUUUCUUCCUUUACUUCGGAAGCGUGCAAGUUGGGCCGGUCUUUGAUGCUUACGGUCUCCGACCCUUGCUUAUCCCAGGAUGUAUCGGACUUGUCGGUUCUCUUAUGGUUUUCAGUGUAGCAAGUGAAUAUUAUCAAUUCAUGCUCGGAUUCAGCGUCCUCGGCGGAAUUUCCUCAUCAAUGGUCUUCACCCCAAGCAUAGCCUGCAUCGCACAUUGGUUCCAUCGACGUCGCGCCCUAGCGACAGGAAUCGCAGCCACAGCAGGUGGUUUUGGCGGCAUUAUCUUCCCGAUCAUGAUAUGGAACCUGAGCGAAGUAGUCGGUUUCCAAUGGGGAAUCAGAAUAACCGGUUUCAUCUGCAGCUUCUUCUGUAUUCUAUACGUCCUAUUUUUAAGGACCAGAUUACCCCCUAAAAAGCUGGGCGGGGGCAAGGUCGACAUUAGAGCCCUACGCGAAAUCCCAUUUUCCCUCCUCACGGUUGCCAUCUUCCUCAUCGACUUCGCCCUGCUUAUCCCCCUGACCUACCUGACCUCAUACGCCGAAUCACACAACAUGAAAGAGAGCCUAGCAUUCCAGCUAGUCUCGAUCCUCAACGCCGCUUCGAUCCUGGGACGAGUCGUCCCGGGCUAUUUCGCAGACCGCUACGGUCGGUUCAAUGUGAUGAUCGGCACAACACUGGUGUGUACCAUUUUCACUCUGGCACUAUGGCUACCAGCCGGGUCCAACCCCGCAGCUAUCGUGGCAUAUGCUGUACUCUUUGGGUUCUGGAGCGGUUCUGCUAUUAGUCUUGCCCCCGUUUGUGUUGCGCAGAUCUCGUCCACGGAGGACUUCGGAAAGAGAUAUGGGACGACGUAUUCGUUGGUUAGUGUUGGUGCUUUGUUUGCUAUACCUAUUGCCGGGGAGAUCCUGAAAGCUCAGAGCUCGGGAGGAGAGGAAGAGGAUUAUUCGGGGCUUGUACUCUUUUGUGGGUUGGUGUAUGCUUGUGCUUGUUUGUUUUUUGUCUUGGCGAGGGGGGUUUGUACUGGGUGGAGGUUAAAGACUGUAUUUUAG